CGCCAUGGCGGCACCUGAGGUCAAAUUUCGCAAACGCGUUCCUGUAGUGGAGGCCUUGCCACCAUACGACUUAGCCAAGUCCAAGUUGGUGAACUUCGAUCUUCUUGGGGAGCUCCGACGUGCACACGCGGAUGAGGCCAGACGACACUAUGCAAGUCUUACUGCACCAAACGUGGGUUUGGUGGAGCGCAAAUGCCCCUACGGCGCGCCUUUGCCACAGAAGAUCCGAAAGACGAAGUCCAAAACGAAGAUGACCCAGUCGCUACCGGAACUGCCGUGUGCGGAAGAGAAACCGAAACCGAGGAGGAUACCUGGAGUGCAGCUUCUGGAGAUUCCAUAUGACCCCACCACCCUCUCCAACGAACAUGCUGAGCGCAUCAAUGCUCUUGACAGCCAGAUUGCUGAAAAGGAGCUGAGCCUGGAGAAGUCAGGCCGUUCCCUGCCGCGGAGUUUUUCCUUGACCCCCAGCUUCGACUUCGAUCAGUUGCCCAAGGGUCAGAGUUCUGAGGCCAAAACCCAGUACUUCCCGCGAAGUACGAACAUCAUCAAGGAGAUUGGUUGCGGCAAGGAUCCGCGCUAUUGCAGACCAUGGGGUCCUUAUGAACAGCAUCGAGAGGCCUACUGGAGGCAAGCUAUAGCUCUAUCAUCAAAGGCAUGAGUGAAGCACCAGAUUUCGACAUUCUCAGCUUGCACAGAUCUUGACAGAAGAUCAGAAUCAAAUCAGGACUUGCCUUGUGUUGUCGCAGUUCCCCUCCAUGGCUCUUGUACAAAGGCACCAAGUCAGCCACCAGACGCGGCU